AGAGUAUCACUUAUUCUCCUCAAAUACUACCUAAUUAGUAGGUAUCCAGUCGAAAACCGACUAGAUGAGUAUAUCAACAUAGGUAAACAAGCUAGUUCGAUUAUUGACUUCUGACUUCACGUCACUUCACUUCGAUAAUUUUCUGUUGGGAUGGAUGCCUUUUUACCUACCUACUAGAUACUAGGUACCUAGGUAGGUAUCUAGGUAAUUGCUAGAACGCUUUCUCUUUCUUCACAUACUCAUAGAUUCAUGCUGAAAGCAAAUAUCAUCGGCAGAUACCUUCCAUGCCGUUUUCAUUGUUUGGUAGAUUCGGAACUACCUAAUAUGUAGCUUUGGAAUGUUGGGUAGCUCAGCGGAUUGUUUAACAUUCCGGCGAUAGAGAGGGGUUUCUUUCUCUUUUGAUGCUUCAUCAAGAAUAUCCCCCGUAAAUGUGUACUCUCCUAUUAUUCACCCAUCUUUCCCUCGCCUCAAGAGGUAUCUAUAUCGUUAGAAUCUGUCUUUCUGUUCUACACUCAUUCUCCCAAAGGCGCGCUGAGUAAGACUAUUGUCAAAAUGUCCAACCAGACGCCGCCACAGCUAGCAGAUGUCUACAAAGACAUGGAGGGUUAUGUGGGGCCGACCUACUGGGCAAGGCCUUACUUUUCGAACCACCAUCACGAAAACCCAGGCGACAUGAGGAUGCUCGGGCAUGUUAACUGCGGUUACUUAUCUACUGCUGGCCGGCCACCGACUCUGGAGGCUCUAAAGCAGCAUGCACAGUCUUUGGCGUAUUUGAUAUCCACCAUCGUGCCAAGCAUAGCAUCUGGCGAGGUCGAUGGCGCAAACAAUGGCGCCGAGAUGUCGUUUUUUAGGAAUACGGCCUACGACUGGUUAGACGAUAUGCAGAAACCAUACGACAAUAUCGACAGGGCGCACCGAAAACCGCUCAACAGUCUGGUAAAUCUCGUCAAACGGAACAGCGACGAGAGAGGCAUCGAGUUUCAUUGUCCACUAUCAGAGACCCCUGUACAACACAUCGAACAUGAUCUGGAGCCAGUUCGCCCGUUUCAAUCUCAUUUGACAUUACUUAUGCACGCCAACGAGUGCCUCGAGAAACUUGAUCACGAUUUCUCGGCUAUGGGCGGACUGCUUGCGCUCCUCCCGACCGAGGAAGAGGACCUGAACACGAACCCAGAUCUGCCCAAAGCCAGGAAAACGUUGAUCGGAGAGUGGUUGAUGUUCACGCAGCAUCUCGUGGGCCGCAUGCACGAGCUUGAAAUCGCUUACGCCAACGCCGUGGACCUACUUGCGAACGAGGCCAUUGUCCCGGCGCAGCACCUGAGCAAUACAGGACCUGACGGGCGUGCUGGCAGAGAAAUCGUCUUCCCGCAAGAUCGUUGGAUAUUGGCUAACGCCGGGGAAGAUGUCUUUAACUUUGUCCAUCAGAUGCUUGAUAAAAAGGAAGCGUGGGGUGUUAAUCGGGAUAAUGUGUUCUCAAGACAGAACGUAGUAGGAAAUGCGCUACGACGUCCCCCACAAGAAGGAGAGGAACAGGCAGGCGAAGAUUUUCUUAAGGGUGUCGCCUAUGUAGAUCUCUCAACCAGAUAUUAUCGAUUGAAAGGUAGCGGUCACGGCCCCGUCUUCUGUCUCCCGGCCUUCGCGGACCGCCCGAACACGGCGUACACUAAGGAAAUCGAAAACCGGCCAACCGUCGUUACAGUGCCGCAGCCGACACUUCCUACUCAAACGACGGCUUGGGAAAGGAGAAGACAGGAGCUACAGACAGAGCAUACAAAUAUGUUCAACCAACUCACCAAGGCGCAAAACGAAACCACCAGACUCACCAUAUCGGCAACCGCACAUGAAGAGGAACUAAAGCGGCUACGGCAUCUCAACCAGAUCUAUGAAAACAACCAAGACAGUGAUGCCACACAGCUCGCGCAGAGAAUAGCGGAGCUGGAGGCGGAAAGAGAUGCCGCUCAAACCCAAUAUAACGAUAAUAACUUGGAAAUGAGGUCACUGAGAGACCAGCUGGAGGAGUACAGGGCUAGAACGGUAAUUGAGCAGCAACCUCCUUCGGGGGUUUCAAGAAGAAAUGAUAUGUACACCAUGAACCCCGCCACAUUCCGAGAGUACUCGAGCCGGUCGGCGGCAGUGGCCGCGGUGAAGCCGGAGAUUGAGAGGAGCAAAGCUGCACUCCAGGAGCUUGCCGAUAAGGGAGAGUUGGAUAUGUCGAAUUUCGCAUGGCUCGAUACGAUCGCCGGCGCCGCUUAAUUUGACUUUGGUGCGGGGAUUCGGUUGCUAAAAUCUCCGGCAUUGCGCAUUUGUUUAUCUUAUCCUGCUUAUGCAAGCUGAUCUGGGGUGAGGGUUCAUCAGGGGGGGGGAGGGUUUUUUGUGAUGUUAGUGAUUAGGUACUGUACCUAGUAGUACCUAGGUAUGGUAGGACGUCGUUCCACGGUUCUUUAGAUUCAUAAAUAGGUGCUAUUCGCGUUCUUGGUCGACCAUUAAUUUUGUUAUGGUGGCACCUGUGUCAGAGCGCUUAGUGAAUUGCGAAUUAUAUUGAGCUGACGAGGACCACCAGACCGUUAUUUCCAUUGUGCCGCCAAUAUUGGGUGGAUCGAGGCGAACGAUUGGUUGGAUUUGACUUGCAUGUGGCUUGUCGGCACUUACCGUUAUAUUGAAUACCAAGGUACUAGUCAAUAGGUUGCCGUGACAACCGAUCUUGCGUGCCCCUCCAAACACAAGGUUCCCUUCUCUUAUCCGGUUUCUUGAUUCGGAAGGGGCUCUGGAGGC